AUGAAAUUCUCUACCCUCUUGUCCGACUUUUUUGUCAUUGCCUUGAUGUUUCUAACAAUUAUUACCAUAUCUGAAUCCGCACCUUUGCCCGACGAAGUCAUUGAGCCGAGAGAAUCGGUUGCACUGGUAGACAAUCAAGUUAUCCUCGUCCACG